ACAGCAAAGAGCCUAAAAUCAUUGCACCAUGAGGAUAUUAUAGUAACAGAGAGAUCUAGUUCCGGGAACAGAUUGUUACAGGGGAGCAAUCGAUAUCAGCUGACACGUCGGCACUGCAGCUGUCUGCAUUGGACGCCGUUUUGUCAAGCCAAAUUGAAGUGUUACUAAACCGUCUACUCACAUUUAACGUACACCAUAAGAUGUCAGUGAAAUCCUACAGGUUCUAGUUUUUAUUGAGUAGCUGUUAGAAACUGUCAAUCAUUUGACUUAAAAUAUGGCAAAGUGGAGGCGCCGCUCAGGACUGUGUCCCGGUGCAGCCGUGCUGUUGUUUGUAGCGGUGUACGCCUUCCUGCUGUAUAAACUAUUUCCCGAUGAUUCUACAGUCGACGACAUUCCUCGUAUUCUAGAGAGGGAUGAGCAGGAAGAAGAUAAGAUGUGCGCCAAACCGUGUCCUUGUCCCUCUCGCGAGCCAAGACGCUGUGAGGAGAAGACUAACUUUGUCUUCGUCAAAAUGCACAAGUGUGCCACGGAGAUGCUGACGUCAGUCUUCCAUCGUUACGGUGACGAGCGAGAUCUCGAGUUUGUCAUUCCCAGAGGUCCGCUAGGGGACUGGUAUCUUGGCUGGCCUUAUCCAAUCACAAAGCAGAUCUAUCGACCUUCUAAAUCCGGUACGUUCAACAUCAUGUGUGAGCACGUCGUAUUCAAUAAGGCGGCUAUGUCAAAGGUCAUGCCGGAAGAUACCGUUUACCUCACCAUCCUGAGGGAACCUUUCAGUCAUUUCAAAUCGAGCUUCAACUUCCAUGGCGUCGCAAGGAUUGUUGGGAUACAUGGCGAUGACCCUAUGGACGAGUUUUUCCGCGCGCCUAAUCUGUACGAUGACAUCUACAGCUCGACUCUGAAAGCUGGGAUUCCGAACGGUGUCUCGGUUACCCGCAACUUCCUGGCACAUGACCUCGGUUAUCCCAGGCAGCACUGGGAAAACAUGACCUAUGCCGAGGAGUUCGUGAAAUACAUAGACCAGGAGUUCUACCUUGUCAUGAUACUUGAGUACCUUAUGGAGUCCCUGCUGUUACUGAAGCGUCUGAUGUGUUGGGAGAUCCAAGAUUUACUGCACUAUCCUAUCAACGUCAUGACAUACGGCUACAAACAUGACCGGCCUGGACAUCUCAUCAAGAAACACAAACACUGGAGCAAAGUUGACUACCUAUUGUACGACUUUUUCAACAUAUCACUGUGGGAAAAGAUCAAAAGACAGGAUAAGAGCUUUUUCGAGGAGCUGGAGUAUUUCAAAACGGUCCAGAACGCAACCAUAUCGUACUGUUACUCCUCAGACACGACUCCACUGGUCUUAGACGGGUCAAAGUUCAGUAACGUCAUCACCAUCACACGACAUUACUGUAUGAGAAUGAUGAGGAACACGCCACAGUACUUGGGAGACAUCUUCAAAAGGAGAUAUGACGGGACUGAGUACACCAUACAUAAGUUAUGGCCUUGGGUAUGAAGUGAUGAUGCAAGACAAGACUGAAGCUCGGCGUUUAGCUUGAUGAUGACAUUUUAGAUCAUUAACGUGGACAUAACGAGCAAAAAUGUUGAUGAAGAGUUAUCAUGUAUCCAUAAGCCUUUGCCUACUUGAAUGAAUGGACAGAAAGAAAACGCCACGUGCACGAUUGUAAGAAUGGCAUGUAUGCAAUACCCUCCUCAAUCGCUAAGGGUCGUGUGUUGCUGAACAGUU